AGAAGACACACUGCAUCUACUGAUACCCAUCACGACUUUUCUGGCGACACUCUGAAUAAGCAAUGGCCAUCCUACUCUCUGGUCGCAGUCUCAGAACAAGAUCUCAGCAAUCUCGAAAGCGACAUCAACAAUGCCGAGGACAGUACCAGUAACUGUGUUCUCAUCACCACACCCAACUUCUCGCAUGGCACUCUUCGUAACAUUCAUGACCACCACAUUCGACUUCGCAACGAAAAUGAUGAGAUUCAUCCCACUCUCUUUAUUAGACUACCAGGAAAAGGCGUCCUUGUAGUUGAUCUGCAAGUCAUGACAGACACUCCUCAAAACGUCGUUGGGGUCUUGCACUGUGGAUACGACGACGCAGACUUGUACUGUGCCAACCUCGACCUUGGGAACAUGAGCUUCAUUGACUACAAGGAGGAAGCGCAAAACCUUUGGAGUGGCGAUGAUCCGUACGGGAACAAGAGAUACUUUAGCAAAGAACCAAAUUUGUCGGCUUCGUCUUCGGGUGAACAGCAUCAUGCGUGGUAUAGUAAUGUCGAGAUGGGUGGCCCAAUGCAAGAACUGCUAGAGCCAGGCUGGGUUGACAUGAGAAAAGGAGAAUCCAGACUCCACAAAGCAGGUGGCUGGUUCAAUUCUCCUGAUCCCUGGCACGAAACCAGACGCGAGUUGGCUCAUAGGAGCAAUAUCGCGGAUAUCCACCAUCUCCGCCCUCUUCUGAUUGAA